CCAUUCACAACCGAAGAUACUCGCUUUCGGAGGCUGGUGAUUCUUGGUGAGUCUAAAAUGGCUGCCCAAUGUUUCUCACAAUUUCAGACUGUGGAGACGAUCACAUCAUAUGGAUGGCUAUCACAUCCAUCUGGAGAUCGUGUAGUCAACCCACCACCACCACCAACCCAGUUCGUCACUUUGUAUCGCAUGGUAGUACUCCGAUUGUUCGUUUCUCCCCUUGAGAAUAAUAGUUAUUUAUUUGCCUAUUCAACACAAAACAAUCAAAGGAUUAAUAAUUGUAAUCAUCAUUGGUUUAUUGUUCCUCUAUGUGUUGUCCCUGUUUUCAUCCCUUUUGUCCAGGACAAUACAGAUGACAAAAAUUGGGGUUGCGCGUACCGGUCACUUCAAACACUGAUCUCAUGGCUCAUGUGGCAAGGAGAAGUGCCAGUUCAACGUCUGCCCUCAAUCACAGAUAUCCAAGCCUCGCUUGCACGUACUGGUGAUAAACCAAAGAACUUUGUCGGUUCGCGUCAAUGGAUCGGGUCAUUCGAGCUUUCAUUUUGUCUCGAAGAAAUGUACGGGAUCCAAUGCCGACUACUACCGGUUACCCAGGGUUCUCAAAUGACCAGUACCGCAUCUGUCUUGCUCAGUCAGCAUUUCGCUUCUGGUGGUGGGCCUGUCAUGAUCGGUGGUGGUCAACUAGCUCACACAAUUAUUGGAGUACAACUGUCGGACACAUCUGUCCCCGGUGCGAAAUCGGCCCCUACGCGUUAUCUCAUCCUAGACCCGCACUAUACCGGUCCGGCUGGCAAUCUGAAACAGAUCGUGGACAAGGGAUGGUGCGGCUGGAAGGAGGAAUCGUUCUGGAAGCCGACGGUACAUUAUAAUUUGUGCUUCUUGCCAGUGAUCAGACCCGGACGCGUUUGA